AUGGCAACUUUUUUCCUUCUCUCUCUCUCUCUCUGUUUCCUUCUCUCUCUCUCUGUUUCCUUCUCUCUCUCUCUGUUUCCUUCUCUCUCUCUCUGUUUCCUUCUCUCUCUCUCUGUUUCCUUCUCUCUCUCUCUGUUUCCUUCUCUCUCUCUCUCUUUCCUUCUCUCUCUCUCUCUCUCUCUCUUCUUUCCUUCUCUCUCUCUCUCUUCCCUCUCUCUCUCUCUCUCUUCUUCUCUCUCUCUCUCUUUCUUCUCUCUCUCUCUCUCUCUUUCUCUCUCUCUCUUUCUUCUCUCUCUCUCUUCUUUCCUUCUCUCUCUCUCUCUCUCUCUCUCUUCUCUCUCUCUCUCUCUUCCUUCUCUCUCUCUCUCUCUUUCCUUCUCUCUCUCUCUCUCUUUCCUUCUCUCCUCUCUCUCUCUCUCUCUCUCUCUCUCUUUCUCCUCUCUCUCUCUCUCUCUCUCUCUUCUCUCUUCUCUCUCUCUCUCUUUUAAAACCUCUCUCUCCUUCUCUCUCUCUCUUUCUCUUCUCUCUCUCUCUCUCUCUCUCUCUCUCUCUCUUCUCUUCUCUCUCUCUCUUUUUCCUUCUCUCUCUCUCUCUUCUUUCUCUCUCUCUCUCUCUCUCUCUCUUCUCUCUCUGUUUCCUUCUCUCUCUCUCUCUCUCUCUCCUUCUCUCUCUCUCUCUCUGUUUCCUUCUCUCUCUCUCUCUCUCCUCUCUCUCCUCUCUCUCUCUUCCCCUUUCUUUUCUCUUUCUCUCUCUCUCUCUCUCUUUUCCUCUCUCUCUCUUUUCCCCUUCUCUCUCUCUUUUUCCCUCUCUCUCUCUCUUCCCUCUCUCUCUCUCUUUUCCUCUCUCUCUCUCUCUCUCUCUCUCUCUCUCUUUUCCCUCUCUCUCUCUCUUUUCCCCUCUCUCUCUCUUUUCCCUCUCUCUCUCUCUUUCCCUCUCUCUCUCUUUUCCCUCUCUCUCUCUCUUUCCCUCUCUCUCUCUUUCCCCUCUCUCUUUUCCCCUCUCUCUCUCUUUCUCCCUCUCUCUCUCUUUCUCCCCUCCUCUCCUCUCUCCCUCUCCCUCAAUUCAAUUUCUAAAAUUACCAAUUUUCUUUCUUUUUUUUCUCUUUUCUUUUUUCUUUUCUUUUUUCUUUUCUUUUUUCUUUUCUUUUUUCUUUUCUUUUUUCUUUUCUUUUCUCUUUUUUCUUUUCUUUUUUCUUUUCUUUUUUCUUUUCUUUUUCUUUUCUUUUUUUUUUUUUUUUUUUUUUUUUUCUUUUUUUUUUUCUUUUUUUUUUUCUUUUCUUUUCUUUUUUUUUUUCUUUUCUUUUCUUUUUCUUUUCUUUUUUCAAGAUUUCUUUGCAUAAAUCCUUAUGACCAAAAUUCAUCUUCAGAUCGGAGUUCCCAUUUAUCAUUCUGCUUCCAUUUCUUCCUCCAUGGAGAAAGUAGUGUGUGUGCCAGUAUAGAAAUCAAACAGCACCCACCAGUAUGGAGAUUGACUCCCCAGCACCUCACCCUUGUGCAAGAAAGCACUUCUCCCUUACAAGUUAUUUUGGCCCCGUAUGGUUUGUCUGCUACCCUGACAGGCAAUACUUAUCGAGAUACAGACCAGACUACACGUGUUUUACUGGAUGAAUGGAGUCGAUAUUACCCAGGUGAAGUGAUUGAUGCCAAAGAUGCAUCGGGUGAGAAUCUUAACAAAUUACCCAGCAUGGUGGAAGUAAUUAUUGCUGGUACACGUAUGCGUUAUCCAUCAGCCUUCAUCUUCACUUGUGAGGAGGAACCCACACUUACAGUUGCAGCAUCUACCCUGUCCACUGCACCAGUCCCACAAAUUCAGCGUCCUCCUUGUCCACACCCUGUCAUUCCAAAUGGGCCCCUCACCCCACCAACAUCCCCAGGGGAGCCUCAGCUUCUUCCCGGAAGCACCCUUAAACUGUGUCCUUCAUUGUCAUAUGCCACGGGACCUGUGGAGCCCUGUAUUGGACUCCUUGACCAAACUGCUGACUCCCUAGCCUUCAGAAUAUUGGAGAAAGUUGCUCAAGACAGUGUCACCAUGGCAGGAAUGAGCAAAAGAAAUGCUGACCUUUCUCCAGAGGACAUGUUACUUACCUGGGAUUUUGGUGAUCCCACCACAAAAGUGACUUGUAAUUGCAUCAGGCACCGCAAUUCCAAGUCAAAAUCUGGGUCUCAGGCUGCCAGCAAGGGCCUACUACAAUGUGCCGGCAAUAAACACGUGAAAGGAGAAAAGUCUGAAAAGUUAGAGCGUCAAAUGGCUCGGCACUCACGAAGUGUCCUUGCUUUCCAUAGACGGACUACACAACAUGAUGAGCUCUUUCACUUUGAGCUGGAUAUGAUUCCACCAAUGCCCCCCAAUCCGGCAUUCAGACCCCCACCCAAUUCCUCUUCAUCAUCUUCAGGUGCUAGUGGUGUGGCUCCAGGUCUGCCUCAACUUCACAAUACAGUGGAGCCAAAUGGCAGUGGGGGAGUAGACUCCCCUUCCACUCCAGCACCUUCCCCAUUAGACUCAGAAUCACGUAACCAGCCUUUAAUCAAUCAAAACAUGGACCCAGCAAUGCCUACCCUGAGUCCACAUCCACCACCCCAAAAGUCUGGACCUGACAAAGAUAUUGGUGGUGGUGGAGGAGGAGGAGGCGGUGGUAGCAUUGGUGGAGGAGGAGGUAAUGGAGGUGGUGGUAAUAGUAGUGGAGGAGGUGGCAGUGGUGCUUCGUCAGGAAGCGGUGCUGGUGGCAGCGGAAGUAGCAGCAAGCCAGCAUCUAUCGGUGAAUCACAGAACAACAUUCUUUUCAAUGGUAACGACUUGUUUGAUAACCGGUUGAAAAGGCCAAAGUUUGAAUCACGACAAGACAGCCAACAUUUUCAGCAGCAACAGCAACUGCAGCAUAACUCGCAUUUUUCGCAGCAUCCCCAAAACUCAUCAUCCAACAAACAACCAUCGAAACCUUCCACAUCUCAACCUCCUCAUGACCCUUAUGAGUUCACUGAUGAGUCAUCUUCACUUUUUGGCACACUCCCUGCCAGGAACUUCCGGACAAGUCGUGAUGACCUCUUUCGAUCGUCACCUAUUAAGGAAGAAGAAAAAGAUGCUUCUAGGCUCAAUGGAAACAAUAUGACCUCAGUUGGAUCGCCUCCAGCUUCCUGCUCUUUACCAGUAUCCAACAGUCUCACAACAGAGAAGGAUCUCUUCCCUACUCCCAUGGAUCUAGAUCAUAUUUUUGAGAGUGAGGACAGCAGUGAUGAAACAGAUCAACAGAUCCCUAACCAAAAAUCUGGUGAUGAGAAUCACAAAGGAAGUAAGGGAUCAAACAUCAUUUCCAAUGGCACCAUAGCUGCUUCUGAACUAUCAAGGAUGUAUCCCACUCCACCAUCACUGGAGAACCCUGUGUCUUCUCCUGGCACAGUAACUGACAUUGCCCCUGAGACAACGAUGACUCCAGACAGCUGUGUCAAAACAGAAGUUGACAACAGCACCAUAGUAAAUGAUUCCAGUAAAGACUGGUCGUGUGUGUUCAAGCCGCCCAAGUUGGCCCGUUUUGUAGGCUCCACGAAGUAUGCCCCAGUAGAGCUGCCGAGUGCCCAUGAUACUUUAAUGUCAAAUUUUCAGAUCCCUGAAUAUAAACCUUCUUGGCAAUGUCAGUCACAUGCACCAAGUCAUUACCCUUACCUCCCGUCCAUUGAAAACAUCUCCAGUUCAUCCAAAAUGCAUGUGGGUGCCAUUGAAUCAUCUCCAGCCACUUUUCCCGGAGGCAGCGUAUCACGGACUCCUAUGAGUUACGAACAGUCGCCUAUGUCAAACGCCUCGUCAUCCUAUGUGAACAAGACGCUGAGUUCAAUUGACAAUCAAGGUACAAAUCACCAGCUGCCAGAGGUGCACAGUGUGUUGGUCAAUGUCAUCCUUGGAGACAGCUCAUUGAAUAUCUUCAAAGAUCACAAUUUUGACAGCUGCAAUCUCUGCGUGUGCAACAUGCGUGUCAAGGAUGAUGACUUCAAUGUUGAGGAUAUGAACCGCUGUACAUGUGGCUUCAGUGCAGUCAUGAAUCGUAUGUUUGGUCACAACUCAGGACUCUUCUAUGAAGAUGAAGUGGACAUUACCGGCAUAAAAGAUGACCGCUAUGAUCAGAACACACACAAACGUCUGGCAGUGAUAGAUUACCAGAAAACUGGUAUUAACAAGGACAAUGCUACAAAUCAAACAGCACUCGUCCCUGAGGACGUACCCCAAGACAUUCUGGAGUGUUUAUUAAGUCAGUUCUGUGUCCCUUUUCCGUCAUCUGUGGCUAUGCGCAUGUUUAGCAAAUUAAUUACGAAUGCUGCGACGUCGCUGGUCGACAAUGUUGUCAAUGGCAUAUCGAUGCAAGAUGGGAAUGAAGCUGCUUAUUCUGCCCUGGAACAAGGGCGGCAGGCUGCUGAAAAUUGCUCUCCUUCAAAAUUGGAUGAUCCUCUCAUGAAAUCUUCAUGUUUACAUAGGUGGCCUUAUCUGCAAGGUGCCAACCGAAUACCUCUUAACUCGCAGGAUGUUCUGCGGCUAUUGAAAUCCUUACAGCCUUUAUUGUCUGAUGCUAUACAGAAGAAACGUACAAUGCGGUUAUGGGAGCACACCUACAAAUUGUCAGGUCCCCUCAGUUGGAAGGACUUCCAUCAAUUGGCCGGUCGAGGAACUGAAGAAAAUUCUGAACCUCAACCAAUUCCUUCAUUUCUUGUUGGUUAUGAUAAAGAUUGGUUGUCAGUAUCACCAUAUGCUCUCCCUUAUUGGGAUAAACUCUUGCUUGAGCCAUAUGGAAAAACAAGAGACGUUGCCUACGUGGUGGUGUGCCCAGACAAUGAGUACAUCUUCAGGAAUGUUAAAUUUUUCUUUAAGGAGUUGAGUACAGUGUAUGAGCUGUGUCGGCUGGGUCGGCACAGCCCAAUUACCAAAGUGCUCAGGGACGGUAUUCUUAAAGUGGGCAAAGCAGCUUCCCAGAAAUAUGCGGAAGAGUCCAUCGAGGGUUGGUUUAACUACAUAGGUGAAUCUCCUGUAGCAGCCAAAUUGAGGUUAUAUGCCAAAAUCUGUCGCUAUCAUUUAGGUCCACAUCUUGCUCAACAAACUUUAGAUAAAUCUUUGUUUGAGGCAUGUUCUAGCAAAAGUGGGCACAGCACACCUCGUCCAUCGGAUAUUUCUCAGGCCCCUGCCACCCCUGAGAAUCAGUCCAAUUCAACAACAAAUUCAGUAAGUGGUAACCUUUCAUCUACGCAAGGGGGAUCACAGCCUGCCACUCAGCCCCAACAACCACAACAGCAGCAGGCACCAAUGACCAGUGGUAGUACUACAAGCAGCAGUGGUACUUCAAGCAGUGGAACUGCUAACACAACUUCCAGCCAGAGUGCCAAUAACAAUUCAGAUGAAGCUAACAAAGAUGGGGCUGGUGGUGAUGGCAAUGCACAACGUGAAGGUGGUCUGCAUGAGCAAUCACAGGAAUCUGAGGACAGCACUGCUGAGUGCCCUGCCCUCGUUGUAUACAUGGUUGACCCAUUCACUUAUUCUCAAGAAUGGGAUCAUCUCAAUAGACUUGCCAUGAUUGGACUUCUACAUUGCUAUCAAGAACUUGUGAAAACCUUGCCUGAACAAAUGCAAAAUCAUGUUAGCCUCCAAAUCAUCCCCUUAGAGACUGUGAUAGAUCAGAAGGAAAGUGGCUCUCAAUAUCAGAUGCUCAAGUCUUUGGCUUUUUCUGUGUUUACGGCCUGCCGAUGGAAUUUGAUGCACACUGUCUUAGGACGCUCACUCACAGGCUUUGGGCCUGCUGCAGAAGCUGAACUCUUCCUCAAACAAAAAGAGGCAGACAAGGCUGGACCGCUGAAAUUGUACUGUCCACCUUUCAUCCUGGCACCGGUGAAAGACAAACAAUCAACGCUAGCGGAAUCUUGUGGUGAGAAAUUGGAGAAGAGCACCAUUGUAUUUUGUGGCUACUGCUUGAGUGAAGACCAGCGUUGGCUGCUGGCUGCUUGUACAGAUGAACGUGGCGAAAUGAAGGAGACGUGUAUUAUAAACAUUGAGAUACCCAACAGCUCGUCUAAACAAGAUGACCCCUUGCCUCUUCAGUCAACUCAUAGCAGAAACAUUCAUCCUCUUGACUCUAAUCUAACCUGUGAUGUUUUGAGAUUUGUUUUGGAAAACUACAAUGCCUUGUCUUGGUUGACGAUGGACCCAUCUCACUGCAAGAGAGUAGUUAUUAUUGCUACUACCACUAACCCUCCUUCUGUCCCAGUGGCAGUAACAGCAGCAGCAGUACGGGGUGGAGAGCUGCUACCCUACAACACUGUCAGGAGGCAAUUUGAAUCUAUUCCCCCACUUUACUCUUCACCUUUUGUUUGUUUGUUUAUCGGCUGCACUCAAAAGAAAACUUUCUCCUCCCUCUUGGUGAUCAUUGUCGAUGUUGUUGCCACCCCCUUCUCCUCCUACCUUACCUCAAAUAUGUUUAAUUCUUUGCAAUUUUUUUCUUGUUCCUUCACCCGAACCCAUACUCACUAUACACAUGAACAGACAUUCUUUUUUUCUUCUUUCUCUCCUCUUAAGGUUGUUGUAGCAGCAGCAGUUCCCAACCAGCUAGGAAAAGAAUAUAUUUGGGAUCUCUCACUACAAAACUAUCACCAUACCCCCCCUCUCUCUCCCUCCCUCUCUCACCCUGGCUAG